GGCGCCUAGUGUUCUAGGGCGUCUCGAGGUUCGGGGACUGGGUGAAAUGGCCGACGUUGCGGUGCUGGUGUGGCUUCGCGGUCCCGGCUUCGGGUGCAAAGUGGUGCGCUGUGACCCGGCUCGGUGCUCUGUCCGGGAUUUAAUCCACCAACACUGCCAAGAUCAAGAUGUUCCAGUGGAAUACUUCUUUGUGAAGUGCAAUGGAUCGCUCAUCAACACCAGUGACACAGUACAGCAUGGCGCUGUUUAUAGUUUGGAGCCCAGACUUUGUGGCGGAAAAGGAGGUUUUGGAUCUAUGCUCCGAGCACUUGGUGCUCAGAUUGAGAAGACAACCAAUCGAGAAGCUUGCCGGGACCUCAGUGGAAGGAGACUGCGAGAUGUCAAUCAUGAAAAAGCAAUGGCUGAUUGGGUAAAACAACAAGCUGAGCGAGAGGCUGAAAAGGAGCAGAGGCGACUAGAACGACUGCAGCGGAAGCUGGCAGAACCCAAGCACUGCUUCACCAACCCCGACUACCAACAGCAGUGCCAUGAGAUGGCUGAGCGCCUGGAGGACUCCGUCCUCAAAGGUAUGCAAGCUGCCUCCAGCAAGAUGGUAUCAGCAGAAAUCAGUGAGAAUCGGAAGCGGCAAAGGCCUACCAAGCCGAACACAGACACAGGAGCUAGUGCAGGGAAAAGGAAAUGCUUCUGGUUGGGCAUGGAAGGACUAGAGACCGCAGAGGGGUCUAGCUCUGAGAGCUCAGACAGUGAUGGUGAAGAAGCACCUGGUACUUCAGGAAUGAGUUUCCAUGCACCAAAAUACGGCAACGAUGGUGUCAAGAUGGCAUCCGAAUUUCCCAGUAAUUCUCAGAGGUUAAGAGUAGUGAGUAUGGACUUCAGAUCACCAGAAAAACUGCAGAUCCCAGUGACCAACUCUGGGAAGAGCAUUUCAGAAGACUCGUGUGCUGAGCUGGGAGAGACAUCUACCCAGGAGCACAUCGAAAGCAAAAUGGUUGUGCAAACAGAAGAGACCCAGGAGAGAAAGAAGGCAGAGAGUAAAGAGCCAAUAGAAAGGGAAGUCUCUGAGGCUGAACUGAUUAAGGAUUUAGAGACAAGAGAAAUGACUGAUGGGGAAGGCACUGCCAAGGUAUCAUCUGGAGAAGGUAGGGAGAACGGCUCCAUUGCCAAACUGGAGGAAAGCCAGUCAGGAAGCACAGUUUUUGGUAAGGGAACCAUAGAUUUGUUGGCAUUCGACUCCGUUGCAGACCUGGAGGUCCUGGGCUUGGAGAGGCUCAAAUGUGAGCUGAUGGCCCUUGGGCUGAAGUGUGGGGGGACUCUGCAGGAGCGCGCAGCAAGACUCUUCUCUGCCAGGGGACUGACAAAGGAGCACAUUGACCCCGCUUUAUUUGCCAAGCCCUUGAAAGGGAAGAAGAAGUGAAUUCCAUCAGAGCUGAUUUCCUGCUUCUUGAUGGUCUGGCUUCUUUAACCUGCAUAAUAUGGACUCUUGGCCGGUAUUCCUGUUGGUAUUAAAAGCUGACUUUUUAACGACAUCAGUUCUAAUGAUCCCCUCUUUCAUGAUUACAUUUCUAGAGUUAAUGAAUGAAACCAUCUUGACCCAAAGUGUUUUGUUUUUGGUGGGCAUUUUUUUUAGAGUUGAUUCAUUUAAUAAAUACAAGGCU